GUUCUGAGCUAUCAGCACAGAGCCCGACGCAGGGCUUGAACUCACGAACCAUGAGAUCAUGACCUGAGCUGAAGUCGCUUAACCAACUGAGCCACCCAGGCGCCCCAAAAAGGGUCCGGUCUUUGCGCACGGGAUGGCAGAGAAGCUCCUGAGGGGCCUGUGGGUGCAGCUUGCUGGAAAUCAGCCCUCUGGGGUGCCGGGGGAGGCCAGCUACAGGAGGUACCGAGCUUUAGCACUUGCUCCGUGCUGGGGAAGCUGCUGUUUGCUGGGUGCUCCUGGAACCAGCAGCUAGAGAGGCCCCUGCAGGAACCUAGAGCGUUUCGGUGCGGUUCAGUCGUGCAGACAGCUGCUCAGGGUGAAGGUCAGACUGCUGGACGGGAGUCCCUGACGGGGGAGGGGGCCCCGUGUGCAGGUGUGUGGGGCUGAAGACAGGGUGCAGGGAGCAGCCCCCUGGCCUGGGCCGCGGGCCUGCAGCAUCUGGGACCUGCCGCUGUACCGCCGGCACCCAGGUCAACACCUGGAGAACAGCUGAGGCCAAGUGCUGGAGAAAGCCGUGCCCCGCCAGGCAGCUAGCCCCGGGGAAACAGCCUGGCCGAGCAGUGGAGAGAAAAGCCUGCUCCCCAGGGAAUGUGGUGGGAGGACCGCAGGGGUCCGGAAGGAAGAGCCUUUCCUCCUGCGAAGCGUCUUCACUGCACUCCCCGACAAAGCCCAACAUCGUGCCUGCGGCCGGGGAAGAAUGGACUCGGUCCGGCUCCCUUGUCUCCGUUAUCUCGGAGCAGGCAGAAAGCGGGGGUUUGGAGCUGAGAGGCAGGAAGUUGAUAACCAGUCCCCCUUCCCCUCCUGGCAGACAUUUGGGUUGAACCUUCGGGAGCUGGGCCCCUGGGCCUCGCAUAUGCGUUGGCUGGUCUGGAUCAUGGCCUCUGUGGGCACCGUCUAUGUUUUCUUCUUCCAUGAGCGGUACAAGCUCGUGGAGCUGCUCUGCUAUGUUAUCAUGGGCUUCUUCCCCGCCCUGGUCAUCCUCUCAAUGCCCAACACCGAGGGCAUUUGGGAGCUGAUGACCGGAGGGGUCUUCUACUGCUUGGGCAUGGUGUUCUUCAAGAGUGACGGGAGGAUCCCCUUUGCCCACGCCAUCUGGCAUCUCUUUGUGGCAUUUGGUGCUGGCACCCACUACUAUGCCAUCUGGAGGUACCUCUAUCUGCCCAGCACCCUGCAGACCAAGGUGUCCAAAUGAGGUGGCCCAGACUGCACGGGGCAGAGCAUCAUGGGAAGUGUUUCUGUGAACGUUGGUCCAGAGCACAGCGCCCAGGCCCGUCUGCGUGUCCACGGGCAGAGCUUUUGAUGGGUCUGAGGCUACUUCUGGUUGGUAACAGCCAGAACGUCCUUAGGGUCCCAGGUGAGAAAGAACACAUUUAGUCAUAUUUACAGAGGAGAAGUUAACCCUGUAAUGUGUUUCUAUUCUAGGCAAGCGUUUCCUAAUACAGACAACAUUAAUGUCUUCAGAAAAGGGAGCAGACAUUGUCCUGGCAAACUGGGGGGGACCCUGGGCCAAUAUGUGCUCCUUACGGUCCUCAGAAAUCUGUUAGGGAGUCAGUGGGUUGUUUGUACCCGGCCGGCCAGGGCCUCCUCUGCUACCAAAAUCCUGGCUGGGGAAUCGCGCCCUGUUCAGGGAGUCACCCAGCUUUAGAUCAGGGAUGGUGAAUACCUGUGACCACAGCAGACAUUACCAAUCAACUGCGGCAUGGUGCGGCAUCAGAAUUCUCCUCCAGGCGGUGCUCAGGGCAGCUCAGCACUCAUGAUGGCGCCUCUUAGCCUUUCUCGCCUGGCGUGCUCUGCACUGGGGUCUUGGCCAGACCAGUUAAAUGUCUGUCUCCAGGCGGGGGAGCGUGCUUGCCUCCUGCACUCCUUUUCCCUUGUCCCUUUCGGGGAAGCCCCUGGAGUGGGCGGUCUGGGGGCAGUAAGGGGAAACUAAGGCACGCAACCUGAGCAUACCUGACCUUGUGCUCCCCUGUAGCUGGUUCUCGGUGCAGAGAACCUCAGGGCAGGCGUUCUCUUCUUAUGCUGACAAACCCAGAGAAGUUAUCAGCCAUUCGUUGGGGGGUGGGGGGGGGGCGGUACGGCGGGCCUGGAACUUGCUGGCCUGCUCCAUGUUUAGGGCUCGUGAUGCCAACAUUCGGUGAUUCUUGCUUGUUGCCAAUCAGUGGCCCUGAGAGGCUCCUCCCAUGAGCCCCAGAGGGAAGGUUCCAUAGGGAUCUGGGCAGAGUGUCUCCAGUGUUGGGAUACUCCCACCUCUGAAGCCCCCAGCAGCCCAAUGUCAAGGCCUCCAGGGACCUGUCCUCACAGCGUCCUCUAGGGGCUGGGCUGGCCGCUCUGACCUGGCGCGUGGACAUUUACUCCGGAGGGGAUCCAGGCCCAGCCCCCGAUCUGAAUGGGAAUCUCAGAAUCUCUGGAUCAAACCUCUGUCUCAAGGUAGACAGGCCUCAGUCUGCGACUCCCAACCAGAGUUGGGUGGGCAAAAAGACAGGAUGCCUUAUGCUUCGUUCUAGUACAUUCCAGGAUACUUCAGGGUCCCAGCAUCUGGAAUCCCCGUGUACCGAAGCCAGUUUUAAAUCAUCCAACACAUUCCUGAGAUAGGCGGGUUCUGAGCCAGCAGAUGCUUUGGGGAUUUUUUUCCUCUCGGGCCUGUGCGUGGGUGUGUGCGGGUGUGCACACAUGCGUGCAUGUCUGUGUGUCUCCGCUGGCACUCCCAGCCUCUGGAAGCUGCCUUCAUCUGGUCUGCUCGCCAUCAGUUGGGGUCAGGGUUGGAGGUUGGGGAUGAGGAGAGGAAGCUUUGUGGGGGCGGGGCCCUGGGGAGGCCCUCUUCCCUGAAUGGGGGCAGGGACGCAGUGCUGUGAUCUCUGCCUGGGCCUGAGGCAGGGGGAGGGGCUCGCGUUAGCUCUGGGAAGCCCAUCAGGAAACCUCCCAAAGCAAGGCCCCAGCCCCGGGCCAAGCUGACGUGAAAGUCCUGUCACAGCCAAAGCCCCGUUACGGGACCAGGCCUGGGUGCCUGGGACCUGGGACCUCAGUGGCUCUGCAGCUGAGCUCUUUAUGUGAUACCUUCAUUUCCUGCCCCCUCCUCCUGCCGUUUUGGUCUUGCAUCAUUCCCCCCCCCCCCCGAGGCAGCCUGCCCCUUCGUGCCCCACACCUUUUGAGGCGCGGGUUCACCCCUCCAUCCACCCGUCUCAUCCCCACUCCUCCUUCAAAGCCCUGCUCGGGCGUCAGUAUCGAGGGACUUCCGGCCUUCCUCUGAUGUGGGGGGCUCCCUCCUGCUUCCCAACACCCCCCGUGCUCACCUGCACCACAGCUUUGAUCUCUGUCCUUUGUCACCCUGGUCCUUGCACCUGCUCCCCAACCCGGGAGCUCUUUGAGAGAGGCACUGUGUCCUGCUGGGUCUGACAUCAAAUGUGGCAUCUUCUGUUAGUAAGGGCUUGGGCCAGUUCCUUAACCUCUCUGUGCCUCAGUGUCCUCAGCUAUAAAAUGGGUAUAGUAAGGCGGCACUUUGCAGCGUUGCUUGAAGGUUCAGUAGGAUAACGAAUUAAACUCCCAGCCUCGUAUCCUCAUAGCUCUCUUAGUGGUCCACGUGGGAACCAACCUCUGAUAAUGAAGGUGACACCCUUCUAGGCGAGUCAGCGGUACUAGCCAGAGGAAUGAAUCACUAAUGGUGGAAUUUCAGACUGUGGACAGGCUGGUGAGGACACCGCUCUGUAGGGCCUUGACCACAUUCCUUCCCCUUAUUCCACUUCAGGGUGUUUCCUGUGAACCCUUUCUCUCCCUCAGCAUCGUUGUGAAAGUGAGUUUCCCAGCAUUCCAUUUCAUCUAAACCCAGACCCUGGACCUCUUCCAAAAUGUGUCACAAACAGUGCAGGAAAGGACAAGAUGUUGCUCAGGCCAUCCCCUCCUGUGGGUAAGCAUUCUAGUCUGUGCAUUGGACAUGCAGGGGUGGAGAGGGCGGGACACUGGGAAUUCAGAAGCCAGCCCCCUCUUCCUGGCCACCUUUGAGGCUGUCGUAUGCCAGGACGACCCAGCAAAGUGACCAUCGUGCCCCAAGGAGCCAGGGAGGCGGUUUGCAGACCUCUUUGACGUUCUGGGUGCUUCAGCAGCUGUUCCUGAGUUAGGCGGACACUGCUGGGGUGGGUGAGGGGUGGGAGUCGAUGAGCAGGGAGGGAUGAAGGCCGGUUGGGGAGGCUCCCGCCGCUUGGCCGGGCUGGGGGACAGGCCUGGAGGUGACAGCCUGCUGACUGAGUCCACUGGCGGUCGUCUGGGCAAGCCAGAGCAGGUGCGCUUGCUGGUGAGGCCUGCCUGCCAGCCGGUGGGACCCCCCUGAUGGGUCCUGGGCAGAACUUGCCGAGGGUAGUCCCCGGGGCCAGCAGUCUCUCGGGCCAGGGGUCUUUAAGCCAACGCCACAUACCAGACCUGCCUUUCUUGACUGGAAAUUGCACGUGUGGUGGGAACAGGACGGAGCGUCCCUUCUCCCCGUCAGCAUCGGGCUCAGGCUGGCAGCACCCUAGGAGGGCACCGGUCACCGGUGGGUGCGGGAUGGGAGUCCCAAGUGGGUCUAGACUGACGGUGGGGGUGGGGGCCCCGCACAGUGGGGUGAUGUAGAGGUCUUCCCCAGAACGUGGCAUUCCUAGGUUUUCUGGGGUUUUCCGCACACCAAGCUCUAUUUUCCAUUUCGUCUGCAAAAGCUGAAGCGCUGGGAAUGUUUUCCCAGCUCAGGCCUCCUUUGGGAAGCAGGGGCGGGGACAGCUCAGGGGCUAAGAGGGGCAGGGAGAGCUCAGAGGUCUGAGAAGUGAGUCUAGUGACUUAGUGAGAAAGGCACCGCCUACCGUGCAACCCGAUGGCGCAGGGGGUGCUCUGGGGACCUCAUCGUGGGGUCCUGAAAGGAUAGGUCCGGCAGCCGUUUCCACGUGAGUAUGUGACAGCUACACUCACAGGCGUGGUGCACAGCGGGUCUGAGGGGAAGGAGCAGGAAGCUGGGAGGCAGAGGCCUCCCCAGAUGGCACCCCUCUUGGGGGCCAGCCUUUGUGCUAGUGGCUUCAUAGACGCUCUUCCAUUGACUGACACAGUCCCCUCUGUGGGAUGAAGCUCGAUCUUACAGAGCAGGAAGCCAAAGCACAGAGAGGUUUGGCAGCUUCCCCAAGGGCACCCAGCAUCUCACCAGCAGAGCAAAGCUUUGAAGCCAGGACUGUCUAACCUCCAAAUGUCAGGGCCCUUGGCCAGAUCUCCUAUUUCCAAGGAAAUGCACUACCCCCAAGUCUGGGCUGAGCAUUUAAAAAAAAAAAAUUUUUUUUUUGAUGUUUACUUAGUUUUGAGAGAGAGAGAGAGAGAGACAGUGCAAGUGGGGGAGAGGCAGAGAGAAAGGAAGACAGAAUCCGAAGCA